GAUUCACGCACAGCCAAGCCACUGCCGCACGCGAGAAUAUGACAUGACUGUUAUUGACGUUUUUAAAGUGCUCGCGCGGCACAUGCGCCUUAAUAUAAAGCACCUGGAGGGGCUGCGCUGAUUAGACCCCCAGUAAAGAAGGGUUAAAGUGCAAAAACUGACAUACACGCUCACUCAUACUUAGACAUCCCAAAUGCAGUCUUCGAGUGCGGGAUAUGGCUUACAGUCUGUGUUUAGACAGAAAUAUCUGACAUUACCUGAAAGAGAAACUCGAUACGAGAAUGAUAUUCGGAAAGCACUUGAAGUAGCUACAAACGUCACGUCGCCUGUAGCUCGCGAUGAGCCUCGUGUAGCGCUUCAGCCAAGCACAGUGUUUUGGAUUUAAAUGGUCCAAUUUUGACACAUGUGCUUUGCUCAACCGAGUAUCGGCGCUAAGCCCCAUGAUUUCACCUCGUCCUUGAGAGACCAGCGCAAAUCAACCCAAAUAAAACAUCCCGACCCUGUUCACCUCUCCCGGAGGGUCGUUUUCCUUCGAGACACGUGGACGAAGCCGUACACCGCAUUAGGGACUGAAGAGCCACAGCCUCUAUAGAGGGACUCAGACAGGGUGGGAGGAGAUCCCAGCAGGGUUCUGCGAAUCACCAAUGGGUUUGUGGUCUGUAGACAAGCAGCACUCAUCUCUUUCACAUCCAUUGUAGACUGUUGCAGAGUGAUCCCACCACACAUUCACGCUCUUUACAGGAGGAAUGAAGACAAGUGACGCUGAAGACAGGAUGUCUUCCAAGCGACCAGCCUCUCCAUAUGGGGGAACAGAUGGAGAGGUAGUCAUGGCGACGAGCAGACAGCGUUUGGAGGAUGAAGAACUUGACGGACAUGCUGUCAUUCACUUGCCCCUGAGUUCAUACUGCAGCAAAGUGUGCCCGCGAUCUCCGCGACUGCUCGACAGCCCCCCAACACUACACGCAAACAUGGAUCAGGAUGGCAGUAAAGGCCUGGCGCUGAGCCCCUACCCCCAGCACAACUCGUCUACCUCACCCAGUAAGCAGCAGCAGCAGCAGCAGGAGGAGGGGUCCAUGUGGCCGGGGAGCGAACCCAGCUCCGCAUCAGCUCUGGGCACCCCGGAGAGACGCAAGGGCAGCCUGGCCGACGUGGUCGACACGCUCAAACAGCGCAAGAUGGAGGAACUCAUCAAGAACGAGCCAGAGGAGGCCCCCAGUAUUGAGAGGCUGUUGUCUAAGGACUGGAAGGACAAGCUAUUGGCCAUGGGUUCUGGUAACUUUGGAGAGAUCAAAGGCCCCCAGGACAGCCUGGUGGAGAAAGAGCGCCAGCUGAUGGGGAUGAUCACACAACUCAGCAGUCUCAGAGAGCAGCUACUGGCCGCCCAUGAGGAGCAGAAAAAACUGGCUGCUUCACAGAUCGAAAAACAGCGCCAACAAAUGGAGUUAGCGAAACAGCAGCAGGACCAGAUUGCAAGACAACAGCAGCAACUUCUGCAGCAACAACACAAAAUCAACGUCCUGCAGCAACAGAUCCAGCAGGUCCAGGGUCAGUUGCCUCCACUGAUGAUACCGGUGUUCCCUCCAGAUCAGAGAACUCUGGCAGCCGCUGCUGCACAACAAGGAUUUCUGCUUCCUCCAGGGUUCAACUACAAACCAGGCUGCAGUGACCCUUACCCUUUACAGCUAAUCCCUGCGGCAACGCCUGGCCUCGGCCCUCUUCAACUGCAGCAGUUGUAUGCAGCUCAGCUAGCUGCCAUGCAGGUGUCUCCGGGGGCCAAACACAGCACAGUGCCUCAGGCCAACCUGGCAACCGGAACACACUCGCCCACCAGCGGCCAGAGCGAGAAAAACAGAAGCACCCCACCACCAAAGCCCAAGGACGAGGGCGCUCAGCCCUUGAAUCUGUCGUCCAAGCCUAAGGCAUCCGAGAGCAAGUCACCCACCUCCCCCGCUUCCCCACAGGUCCCUGCCCUGAAGCUGGGCCCCGGGUCCCUGAAGCACAGCGCCCACUCCAGCAUUGGAGGACCGCCAUCCAGACUCAGCUCCAUAGACCUGCUGUCGUCCAUAACCUCCGGAGGCUACCUGAAUGACCACGAGGCUGUGACCAAAGCUUUCCAGGAGGCCCGACAGAUGAAGGAGCAGCUAAAGAGAGAACAGCAGGUUCUGGACGCCAAAGUAGCGGCAGUCAACAGCCUGAGCCUCAACAACGGUCGAUCAGAGAAGGAUAAAGCCGCUCUUGAAAGCCUGAGCCAACAGUUAAAACAGUCUGAAGAGAGCAAGUUUACUCAUGCAAUGAUGGACUUUGGUAUCAGUGGCGAUUCAGAUGGAAGCCCAAGUGUGUCAGACUCACGGAUCUUCCGAGAUGCUCGAGGGCGUGGCAGCAGCGAACCGCACAUCAAGCGGCCCAUGAAUGCCUUUAUGGUCUGGGCUAAAGAUGAGAGGAGGAAGAUCCUUCAGGCCUUCCCUGACAUGCAUAACUCAAACAUCAGCAAGAUCCUCGGCUCUCGUUGGAAGUCCAUGACAAACCUGGAAAAGCAGCCAUACUAUGAAGAACAGGCCCGUCUUAGUAAGCAACACCUAGAGAAAUACCCAGACUACAAAUACAAACCACGGCCCAAACGCACCUGCCUAGUGGACGGAAAAAAACUGCGCAUUGGAGAAUAUAAGGCCAUCAUGCGCAACCGCAGACAGGAAAUACGCCAGUACUUCACAGUAGGGCAGCAGGCCCAAUUGCCCUUGUCCUCAGCAGGCGUUGUGUACUCGGGUGCGCUCUCUAUGGCAGGAAUGCCCUCUCCACAGAUGCCCUCUGAGCACUCGAGCAUGUCUAGUAGCCCCGAACCAAUCCCACCCACCAGCAAGCCCUCUUACCUCACACACAAGGGGGAGGAGCCUCGUGUGAAGGAGGAGGAGCUCCGAAUGAACGACGGCAAUGGUGAUGCCUACGAUGACUUUGACUACGAAGACGAUGAUGGGGACUAUGGCAGUGACAGUGAGAAUCACAUUACUCAGUAAACCUGCCAAUCACAGCCUUCUCACCAGUCACCUGGCAUCUCACACAAGCAAACUUCAUAACUGCCCCCCCAUACACCGUCCAAUAAGGACUCCUCCAGAGCCAAGCCCAAUAUCCACAGCAAAGCACAGGACCUGUCAAUCAAAGCGACUGUUACAUCAAAAGGAGAGUCUUGUAAAGUGAAACUCUUGCCUUGACUCCCAAUGAGCGAACGUACCACGGCAGGUUCACAUUGAAUCACGAGUAAGCUACGACGACAUAGGAAAAAUUACCCUUAACCAGUUUGUUAUGGAGACAUUUAUUAAUAAGGACCUGUCCUAGACACUUUAAAACGGUGGACCUGUUUGUUUCUAAAGAGACACUUUUAAACAGAUUUUUUUCUUAGUUCGAUAAUACUCACUCAGGUACACAGUGCCAACAAGUGGCUUGUGAAUGUGAUUUUGUUGUUUUGUGUUACAGUUUUAAUAGAGAAAAAAGACGUUUAUUUUCCUCUUCACCCUAAAGCACCUGACAGGAGUAAAGCGACAAACAUUUCCUAUUUUUUUUCUCUUCGGUGUGCUAUUAGCUGAAUCGCUUUCUUUCAUCUUCACGCUCAUGUUCUCUCACUCAAAGAUGUCUUUUCUUUUGGAAGAAAGGAUGGAAGGGAAGAUUUGCGUCCCUUCACUCAGGAGUUCAGACACUGCUGGAUGACAGACAAUACUUCCUUCCUCACAUCUUUUCCACUUGACACGCUUUUACUGUUCCUUUCUCCAACCCUCCUCUGUGGGAACUUAGGAUGUUGACGUCUCUCUCAGGUCUGGAGACCAACUUUACGAGAUAGCACAAACUUUGUGUUUGGUUUAACAGCUGACAAUGGUGAUGGUUAUCGUGGAGAGUGACUCCUUGAGAAGAAUUAUUGUACGCGUGCACAUUUCUUUGUUUGAGUGUGUGAAUGAAUGCGCCUUUUUCUAGGCUUUAAGUUAAUUUUUAUUACAUGUAGACAGUUGAUGUGCUGGUCAUGUGAACAUUUAUGAAAGAAAAAACAGUAAUAUUCAAUACAUACGAUUCAUGCUAGCAGCCAGAUCCAUGCAGAAGCAAGCCAAACAUUUU